UUAAGGGGCCCUUAGGAUAUAAAAGAGUAGUGGGCAGAAGUCCCCAGUGCAGAAAGUUUCAGGAGAGUGCAGACAUGUUCAGGUUUCUUGUGUUGACCUCUCUGGCAGCCCUCGUGCUGGCUGAGCUGGAGCACCAGCCCAGGUACAUAGAGGAUGACAUCGUUGAGGGGAGAGUUGUGGGAGGUGAGGUGGCCAGACCAAACUCCUGGCCCUGGCAGAUCUCUCUUCAGUAUCUGUCUGGCUCCAGCUACUACCACACCUGUGGAGGAACCCUGAUCAGAAGAGGAUGGGUCAUGACCGCUGCUCACUGUGUGGACAGUGCCAGGACUUGGCGUGUUGUUCUUGGAGAUCAUAACAUCAACACCAAUGAAGGCCGGGAACAGUACAUGGGUGUGAGCCAGGUCUACAUCCACCCUGGAUGGAAUAGCAACAACGUUGCUGGAGGGUAUGACAUUGCUCUUCUGCGUCUGUCCUCUGAUGCCACUCUCAACAACUACGUCCAGCUUGGCACCCUGCCCCCCUCUGGCCAGAUCCUGCCCCACAACAACCCCUGCUACAUCACUGGAUGGGGUCGCACCCAGACUGGAGGUCAGCUGUCUGCCCAGCUGAAGCAGGCCUCCUUGCCUGUUGUUGACUACAACACCUGCACCAGCUAUGGAUGGUGGGGCAGCACCGUGAAGAACACCAUGAUCUGUGCUGGUGGUGGCAGCGACUCUGGUUGCCAGGGUGACUCCGGCGGCCCUCUGAACUGCAGUGUCAGUGGCCGGUGGGUUGUCCACGGUGUGACCAGCUUUGUGUCUGCCUCAGGCUGCAACACCUACAAGAAGCCUACCGUCUUCACCCGUGUCUCUGCCUACAUCGGCUGGAUGAACGGCAUCAUGGGCUGAGAAGGACGAUCUCCAUGGAGACAACAACAGUCUGGAUUCAUCUUUAUGUUCAACUCCUCCAGAAUAAAAUGUCCUGCUUUUGA